AUGAAUAUCACUAAAAAUACGAUUAUUUUAUUCUUUCUAUGUAUUCUUAUCGCCUCUGGCGUUCUCGCCCAAGCACCAGCAGCAACAGAUGGUGGCUCUCCUAAGGGCGCCGCUCCAUCUCCUGCUGGAAGUGCUGCUCCAACAUCCUCAACCGCUCCCAAAGCAGCAGCUGCUUCAAGCGUUCGUGUUGACGGUUUUGGAAUGAUCAUUGGUUCUUUUGUUGCUUUAUUCAUUGGUGGUUUAUUAUAUUAA